CGACAGCGAAGGAACGAAGAUGCCGAAGAACAAAGGAAAGGGAGGCAAGAACCGCCGCCGCGGAAAGAACGACAACGAGGAGAACAAGCGCGAGCUUGAGUUCAAGGAAGAGGGCCAGGAAUAUGCGCAGGUUGUACGAAUGCUGGGAAACGGCCGUCUGGAGGCUUACUGCUUCGACGGUGUGACGCGCCUUGGCCACAUCCGCGGCAAAAUGCGCAAAAAAGUCUGGGUCGGCGCCGGUGACAUCAUUCUCGUGAGUCUGCGCGAGUACCAGGACGGCAAGGUGGACAUCAUUCAUAAAUACAACGCGGACGAGGCCCGCAGUCUCAAGGCUUACGGAGAGCUUCCGGAUAACGCGCGUAUCAACGAAACGGCAGUGGACAUGGCCAUGGAGGGCGACGGCGAGGACGACAUUGGCUUCGACUUCGACGACAUCUAAGGCAGGCAACAGAGAAAGACACACAGACGACAGACGUUGGUUGCUGCGGCGGCCUAGAGCUGCCUUGCAGUCCAAGAACAGACGAGGAAGGGACUGUACCUCUUCCGCCUUGCUGUCAGUCGCUGCUGCUAGUUUGUAGCUAGGGUGGAGAGAGAGGAGAGCGCUCGCUCGGAUGCGCGGAUAGAGUGCGAGAAGACCGGGCGGGGUCGCCUGCAAUGCGAUGUAUUUUCAUUUUGUGGCUUGA